AUGGUCGCCGCCAAGAAGCACGUCCCCAUCGUCAAGAAGCACAAGACUUCUUUCAACCGUCACCAGAGUGACCGGUUCGAUCGUGUCGGUGCCAGCUGGAGAAAGCCCAAGGGUAUCGAUGGCCGUGUCCGCAGACGUUUCCGCGGUACCAUCCGUAUGCCCAAGAUCGGCUACGGCUCCAACAAGAAGACCCGUUUCUUGACCCCCUCCGGCCACAAGGCUUUCCUCGUCAACAACGUCAAGGACCUUGAGCUGCUGCUGAUGCACAACCGAACCCACGCUGCCGAGAUCGCCAGCUCCGUCUCAUCCCGAAAGCGAAUCGACAUCAUCUCCCGCGCCAAGCAGAUUGGCGUCAAGGUCACAAACGCCAAGGCCAAGGUCACCACCGAGGUCUAA